AUGAUGCACUCCUUCGUUGGAGCCAGCCUCCCUGGCGUGCCAUCCUAUCCCUCUCAGUACACCCACGAUGCGUUCCUCGAAGACCUCUCCAGGCAGAUGGCAGUAUCAGCCAGCAGGAGAUAUUCGAGAGGAUCGAACGGCGCCCACACUGGAAACGCCAUGAGAGUGGCCAAACCCUCCAGUGCCAGCAACAGCCCCCGGAACUCGCUCAUGCAGCAACGUCGACGGACAUUGAUGAACGACCCGGCUUUCAUCCAACGGGCACAACAAGUUGUCGAGCAGCCAUACCUCCCUACACCCGGCCCUGAUACUUGCGGCAACAACUACUAUGAACCCGUCAAGAAGGCUGCACGCCCAGUCAGUUGGCACCCAUCAACCAUGGCGCAGACGCAACAAUAUAUGCCGCCAGUGUCAACACAACCGACCCAGUACCCCUUCCCAUCUUACAACGAGAUGGACUGCUUCGCUGCUGCACCGGCCCCCGCUCCCGUCCAGUUCCCGCCUACACCUGCUGCCUACUCGGCAUACAGCUCACCGGCGUCGGCCUUCUCGCCCUUGAACCUCCCUUACUCAACCUAUGAACUGCCCCAGACGUAUUCCUCGCCUAGCUGGGACAUCUCCGCAGAUGCUGCUGCCACUAUGCCGUCGUCUUCUUUAGGAGAGGCCCAGUACUCCUUCACCCCUGGACCUUCCUGUGCACCUUCUCUGCCUGGCUAUGUUGCGACGUCGCACUCUCCAGCAAACUGGGCCAGUCUCGCACCGCAGGCACCUCCCACCCCCGAGGACCCGCCCAAGUCCCAGCAGCCAGAGCCAGUCCUCCAGAACGAUGAGUCCGCCCCGUACCAAUCGCUGGACGAGAACGACGAGGAAGAGGAAGGGGACAUCCUCAUCGGCCUAGGACUCUAUGACCCACCCGAGAAGCUACCAUUCCACAGCGAGGGCGGGCUGUUGGGUGCUUCCUUUGACUACCAACCAACCGGAAAGGGUCUCAAGCUGGAGGAUGCUUGGGAGCCACCAGUCAGCGACGAUGAUGAUGAGGAAGAGGACGGAGAGGGCGAGGCCGAAUCCGCCGACGAGGAGUGA